AUGUUAGAUGGCUGCAGGCGCAGGCACACCCGACAAGACGCACGAUGCCCAAUAACCUUACCAAUUCUAACUUCACUCCUGGAAUUUCUACCACAUGUUUGCAACCAUACAUAUGACGUGGUUUUAUUUCGAGCUGCCUUCUUGGUUGCCUUUUUCGGUUUUCUCAGAAUAAGCGAGUUUACUACCUCUUCUAAGCAAGGUCCAGUUACAUUAAGCAAGAAUGGUGUAUCAAUUCAUUUAGUUUUGAAACGGGCAAUUAGUUUCUGUGGAUUGCCUAUCGAAUUUUAUACAUCUCACUCCUUUAGAAUUGGUGUAGCUACAUCUGCUGCUGUUUCGGGUGUGCCUGAUGCAAGGAUUCAAGCCAUGGGAAGAUGGGCGUCUAAUUCUCAUAAGCGAUACAUUCGGGUUCAGUGGCAGUAA